AUGGACCCAGCUCCGCAAACCAAUAUCUCUGUCGUCGACUUUGCCGAGUGGAAACGGGGCGGGUCUGGUCGCCGGCGAGUAGCGCAGAAUAUCGUCGCCGCUUGUAGAGAGGUGGGGUUCGUCUACAUCGUCAACCACUCGCUGUCCGCACCGUUGCUUGAUGAGGCUUUCGACUGGUCCCAUCGAUUCUUCGAUCUGCCACAAGACGAGAAGCUCAAAGCACCUCAUCCAGAGGGAUGGGCUAUUCACAGAGGUUACUCCUGGCCCGGUUUGGAGAAGGUGUCGCAGGCGAUCAGCCAGGACAAUGACCAGGAGCGGGCCGGAGAGCUGAGAGAGGUUCCCGAUGUCAAGGAAAGCUAUGACAUUGGGAGCGAGGACAAUUCCUCGCAGCCAAAUCAAUGGAUCUCUGAGGAGUCUCUACCAGGGUUCCGUGCUUUCAUGAAUCGAUUCUACUGGGAGUGCUUUCGUGUAGGAGGUGAGAUCCUACAGGCCCUUGCCAUUGGCCUGGAUCUGGAUGAGAACCAUCUCUUGUUGAAACACUCUGGAAAUAACAACCAGCUACGUCUCUUACAUUACCCAUCUAUCCCAGCAGAAGCACUGGAGAGGCACCGAGCAGCGAGAUGUCCAGCUCAUACCGACUGGAGCUCAAUCACCCUCCUCUUCCAGGAUGACUGUGGCGGCCUGGAAGUUGAGGACGUCAACAAACCAGGUAGCUUUAUCCCAGCAACUCCGAUCAAGAAUGCAAUUGUCAUGAACGUAGGAGAUCUUCUGCAGAGAUGGAGCAAUAGUCUGUGGCCCGAGCCCUGUUCGAGCGUAGUUUGUUCUGACAGUUGCAGAUCAUCUCCGUUCUACAAGCCAUCGAGUCACUCUCCCCCACUAUCCAAUAGGUUUGAAGGAGAGCAGCGAAUCACUCGUGAACGAUAUUCGAUUCCCUACUUCCUCGCACCCGACCCGGAUUCUGUGAUCGAGUGCAUUCCGUCCUGCAUGGGAGUUGAUGAGCCGGCCAAGUACGAGCCGAUCACGCAGGCUGGAUACAAUAAGAUGCGUGCCUCUAUGCAGUACUAG